AGAAGAUUCAAUGAGUUGUGGUAUUGCUUUGGAACGCAACGAUUCGCGAAGAACACUGCAACGCACUUCGCAGCCCAUGUCAAGUCAUAUAAUAUGCUUUAUUCAUGCUUCCACGCGAGCGUGCCACUGCAUGGCCUCGGUUUUCUCUUAUCGUGAUGCACUUGUCAAAGGCUCAACUGUGCAUCCUCCUUGUCGUUGGGCUGCUCACUCUAUGCCCGCAUGAGCCGCAUUGUAGAUCCAGCAAUCAUCAAGUCAGUUUUGGUAGCACUGACGAAAUGGCUGGCUCUGUCCUACCACAAAAACCGCGCCGGCUGGUGGAGGCGGUUUCAUUCAAACAAUGGCGGGAUUAUCACUGGAAACUGCCUGUGGCCAACCAGUCUGAACGGCUGUGUGUGGUUGCACAGCGUUGCCGAAAGAUUUGACUGUGGAAGAAGCUUGACGUGCAUAUUCGGCUUCGGCCACAGUCGUACGCGCGUAAGAUUUGACAUGCCACCAAGGCCAUUGGAAGUGUGGUGUAGUGCGAGAUUACUCAGGAUGCGUAAUAGCCUGGCAAGCAGGUUUACACGCUGUCAGAGUCGUGGCUAGUCCUGUAGCGGAAAUUCAUAAACGAAAUCGGUGGAAAGGUAUAUUUAGUAGGAUGGACAUGGAAGGAUUGGCAAACCAGGCUGCUUGCGCAGCUGGCACCGGAGCUUUGCUGGAAGCGGGCGCCAGUGUUGCCCAGGGUCUCACGGGCAUCUCUGAAGGGUCACGAACGGGGCUCGGACGUUGAACUAGAUGUGCUGAUGACCGCCGGCUCGAAGCCGAACGUUUGCAGUGCGACCUUGCAGCCGCUGCAGUGACAUGAUGGGCUAACGGAUGGAAUGUCGUGGUGAAUUGAGCAACACUUGAAAGUAUCGAGAAUGUAUAUUGGC